AUGGUUUCCUUCUGGCCCUUCAAAGGCGACGAUAACUCACCAGACUCCUUCGAGCGCAUUCUUUCAAAGCUCGCAUCGCAGAUCCAAGCAGAGACUUCGAAACUUGCUCUCCUUCGUCUACAGCUCCGCCGUUACAAGGGGCUAUGGACUAUCUACACCUCAUUUGCCUACAUCUUCUACGUACUCGUCAUAUUCCUUGUCGUAGGAUGGAAGGAAGUGGGUCCCCCACAGAUAGCGGGCUUGGUCGGUGGACCUAUUGGAAUCUGGGGCGUAAGGAGUUUGUUGGUGCUCUACUAUAACGGCAGGAUCUCAACCACUGAGACGAAGCUGGAGGAUCUCCAGACCAAACAAAGGGAUACCGUCGAAAAGUUGAAGGCAGCCACAAAGUUCUCAACCACACAAUCUAUCAUUGAAAAAUAUGGUGGUGGGCCCAUCUCACCCUCAAUCUCUGAGAUUGAGAGGAACAAGAUGCAACAUGCACAGCAGCAAGGUCCACCCGGACAUCCGAAUAACAAUCAACAGCUUAGACAGCGUUCCCAGGGACAGCCUAGUGGAACAUCCGGCUCGGUUCCACCUUCACCCCAGCAAAUACAACAACAAUUUGUUCAACAGCAGCUACAGCAGCAACAACAGGAACGAGGACAACAGCAUCUGGCGCCUCCUUCCGGAGUUAAUAAUCCAAACCCAGUCAAAAAAUUCAACCGGCCAUCCCCCAUCCCCGUUCUCAGUUUCCCACAAACUACGGUACAGACACCAGCUCGUCAAAUUGCACCGGAGGAGAUACAUUCUCCACGUUGGUAUGACCGCGUCCUUGACGUUCUCGUAGGAGAAGACGAGACUAGCGCGAAGAAUCGCUUCGCGCUGAUCUGCAAGAACUGCAGGAUGGUCAAUGGACUAGCACCUCCUGGAACAAAAAGCCUGGAAGACGUGGAGGGAUGGGGGUGUGCUAGAUGCGGGAUGAUGAACGGGAAGCCGCCAAGCCGUCCUUUAAGCAGGAAAGGGGACGAAGAAGAAAUGGACAUGAUCCAUGGUCUCGGGGUUAGGGGAUCAAGGAUUAGCAAGUCAUCGAGUCCUACACCCAGCGAGAGCGUUAGUGUCAGAUCAACCAGGAGCAGGACAAAGAAAGCGUCGCCAGAGCCCGAGCCGGAGCCCGAGCUUGAAUUGUCCGAGGAAGAUAGCUCAGCAGCAACCGGGAGCGAUCAAAUAGAAGAUGAAGAGGCUGAAGAGGUUGAAGAAGCCCCAAAGCCAAAAGGCAGAGUAACUAGAGGCAGCAAGAAGGCUUGA